AUGUCGUCCGAGAAAUACUCAGGUCCCAGCGAGCGGGUGAACAUCCUGACCCGACAGAUCAUCUCACCUUCGGCUCGCUCGGACCCUGAUGCACUCGAUGACGAGGCACUAUUCGCCGAACUGGAGGCGGAGCUGGAGAACGAGGGAGAGACCGAGCGUGAACGGGGUAUCAAAGAAUUGCAACGCGAGAUGGAGCGCGUGACGCAGAUGAAACAGGACAUGCACGGAAAGUAUACAGAAGUGUCAGACGAGAAGGAGGUCAUUCACAUCAGCGCUAACGAGCCGCGAUGCAUCGUCCACUUUUACCAUUCUAACUUCCGUCGCUGUGAGAUCAUGGACAAGCAUCUGGCUGCUCUUGCACCGAAGUACUUCGGGACCAGGUUCAUCCGCGUCUUCGUAGAGAGCGUCCCGUUUCUGGUGGAGAAGUUAGGUAUCCAGGUACUCCCAUGCGUCAUUAGCUUCAUCAAUGGGGUCACAAAGGACAGGAUCAUCGGUUUCGAAGAGCUGGGAAACAGCGAUGCGUUCAACACAUCCACACUGGAGCUUCGGCUCGAGCAGACUGGUGUUAUCCAGAAAGAAACCCAGUUCAUGCCCACGGUACAACACGUCAACUCUACCGUUUCCCGGAGCAGAAGGCGCUUUCAGAAAUCAACCGGCGACGACGAUUCUGAUUUUGAUCUCUAG